AUGAGUACGACACACGAAGGGUACGUGACUGCUCCAGAGCAGGGCAUAGAGUCUUCCAACAGCGACUCGUACACGACGCCCGUACAACGAUUCCGAGUGGUUAACGGAACGUCCCCCUCACCCAGUCCGUCCGCUCCUCCUCUUGGGCAUCACACUUCUCUGCCUCCGAGAGUUUCGAUUACGCAAAAGGGUCUACCUUUACCCCCGAGUCCGAGGCCUCCCAGUAGGAGCAGCAGUCCUGCAAUCCCACAUGUGAAGCGACAAUCCAUCGUGUUGUCUUCCUCUACACCCCUACAACCAACAUCCCCGCCCCCACCAGACCGACGAACCUCAUCCAUAGCCUCUUCCUCACGAGGCUCCCGCGUUCCCCAAGCAGGAGAAGAACCCGAAUCCUUCUUCGUCCGCAACACAUACGCACAAUUAGACGUGACCGGCGUGAAGGGUGAUGGAUAUGAAGAAGGCGUUGAGAGGACACGUGCGAAGUUGGGACAUGAUCGACGGAGUGUGCAGUUGGCUGCUGUUAGGAAUGAUGCGCGGGGAGAGAACUUUAGGGGAGAGAUUUCGGAGGAGGAGUUAGAGAUAUUGAGUAGUGUUGAUCGAUAUGGAUUCUUGGUUUCUCCUGGUAGUGAACGCAACGUUCUUCUUCCCUCAUCCGCAUUCUCAAAACCACUCCAUCCCAUAACAAACGCGACUACUUCAGGUGUACCUUCACCCUCUUCAACGUCAAUGAUCGAACCGAAACCUCCACCACUCUCAAAACACCUCGAGAGUAAACGGAUAUCGAAGUGGGGGAGGAUGUUAGAACCUGAGAGGCGUGAUGAAGGAGGGAACGUAUCCAUCUGGCGUAUCAAACCUAAUAAAGAACGGAAACUCCGUUCGCGUGUCUUCAAGGGUGUUCCAGACGCUUGGAGAGGUGCAGUUUGGGAGGUACUAGUUGCGAGGUGGGUUGGUAAAUCUAAGGAGCAAGAGCAAGGAGGUUUGGAUGCGAGACGGUUAAUGAGUAUGUUGGACGAGUUGAGGGAUGCGUAUCGGACGAGCUUGGAGAUGCCGAGUGGGUAUGAUGUUCAGAUUGAUUUGGAUGUGCCGAGGACGAUUAAUGGGCAUGUGUUGUUUAAGACGCGGUAUGGUCAGGGACAACGCUCCCUCUUCCACACCCUCCACUCCUUCUCCCUCCACUGCAAAGAAUGUGGGUACUGUCAGGGUAUGGGCCCACUCGCAGCGACGCUUCUAUGUUAUUACGAGCCGGAGAAGGUGUACGCCCUUCUCGUGCAUUUUCAUGAUGAGUAUGAGAUGCAUGAUAUUUUUUUACCUGGGUUCCCUGGUCUUCUGGAAGCGAUUUAUGUACAGGAGAGGAUCAUGGAGAGGGUUGUGCCUGGGGUGUAUGCUGCUUUCAAGAAACAUAUGAUCUCGACAACGAGCUACGCGACGAAGUGGUAUAUCACACUAUUUGCGAAUACUGUACCGUUUCAGACGCAACUCCGACUUUGGGAUGCGUUUUUGUUGGAGGGGAGGGAUGUGUUUGUGGUUAUGGCUGUUGCUAUUGUUUGGGUUCUCAAAGACCACAUAACCUCAUCCCAAGCAAACUUCGAGACGAUCCUAUCUCUACUUUCGUCAUUCUUUGUACCGGAAGAUGAGGAUGCGUUGUUAAAGUGGGUGGAGAAGGCGAUGGGUGAUCGGAAGUUAAGGGGAGAUAUGGCUGGGUGGAGGGAGGAGUGGAGAGGGCUUGUUAGAGAGAAGAAGGAGGGUGGGGUGUUGUUAUAA